AUGAUGCUGCCCAAAGCUGCAAAGGAUCCGUCAUGCGGCGCUCCGAAACACACAGGUUUGCUUCGAGAAGAGCUUUUAGUCUUUCGACAUCUUCUUGGCUUAGGCGAAAACCCCUCCCAAAUACGACUAGGGCCACCGCUGUCUAACUCUUCGCUGAAAGAUAUUUUAUUUGUUUCAAUCGAUGUCGAUGGCCCCAGAGACUUUAAAUGCGCCGAGAAUAGUCCAUGCCUAGUUGGCAUAUCCAUUCUAGAUACACGACGUUUACAGUUUUAUAUGACUACUAUUUCAGUUGCUGCAAAAACAAGGUCUGCGCUUGGAAAUGUGGAAAAUCUUAUCAAAUCGCACCAGCUUCAGGUUGGGCAAUCCAACCAUCUCAGCUACCGAUCUAGUAAAUUUCUCUUCGGUGAGACAAGACAGAUCAAAGCUGAUAAAGUCAAGACGUAUUUGCAGAGGUUGAUCAAAGAUCGGUUCUUUGUACUUGUUACAUAUGGAGGCGGCGCGGCCGACUGCAUAUACCUGGAAGGACUCCGCCUCGGCAUACGCCCGUUAUAUCACCUCGACGUCUUAAAAGUUGCUCAGUUUCCUCUGCAGACAUACUAUCGAUACUCGCUGGCAAAAAUUCUCGACGCCUUAAAGCUCCCAUGGCAAGACCUGCACAUUGCCGGCAACGAUGCUCGAUUUACUUUGCAUGCAUUGUUGAUGACUGCCGUGCGGGACUGGAACUACCGCGACGACAAGCCCAAGUCUAAGCCGACGCCAUCUACUCAAGUAACACUGUCUUCCAUUAAAACGAUCGCGAAGGCGUGGCGUAUUCCGGAUCAGGACCAACCAUCUCUCUCGUUUCUCUUCGAGGAUCAUAUAAUAAAGGAACGGGUCCUACUUAAUCCGGAGACGAGGAAGAAUGGCAAAAGACUUCGGCCAGAGAAAACGCCAGAGGAGAAGGCUCAGCGUCGAGAACGCAAGAAAUUAGCCAAGGAGAAGAGGAAGUUGAAGGAAGCACGCAGACCUCAGUGGUUGUUUAACCUUGGGGACUUGCUAGAUAAUGAGUAGACAACUUAAUGGC